CACCGCUUGCGUGCAUCCCUCCCCUCCCCUCUCGAGGUCUUCCCUUCAAAGCCACUGCCACUGCCACUCCGCCUCCCGGUUCUCCUCUACUUAACUCCAAAGCCUCGCCUCCUCUUCUCUCUGUCCGCCCUCCUUCCUUCCUUCCUUCCUUACUUCCUUCCUGAGGUCUCGGAUAUUGGUGGGCUUAUGAAAAACGUAUGGCACUAGUGUUUACAGGUCCAAGUAUGGGUUCCAGACAAGCAUCCCUGAGUACCAUAUUCUUCUUCUUGCUUCUGUUCUGCCUCGGCUGCAAAUGUCUAGCAUCAGAAUUAAAGGCGACCCAAACAGCGGUCCUCAAGGUCGAUGCUUCGCCACAACUUGCUCGACAGAUCCCUGACACACUAUUUGGAAUAUUUUUUGAGGAGAUCAAUCAUGCAGGAGCUGGUGGAAUAUGGGCAGAACUUGUUAGUAACAGAGGUUUUGAAGCUGGAGGACCUCAUACCCCAUCAAACAUUGAUCCAUGGUCCAUCAUUGGAGAUGACUCUUCUGUAUUUGUGGCAACUGAUCGAACAUCAUGUUUUAGUCGGAAUACUGUUGCUCUAAGGAUGGAAGUUCUCUGUGAUGAUUGCCCCGCUGGUGGUGUAGGCAUUUACAACCCAGGUUUCUGGGGCAUGAACAUAGAAGAUGGAAAGACCUACAAUUUAGUGAUGUAUGUUAAAUCACCAGAAACUGUGGAUUUGACGGUUUCCUUAACAAGCUCCGAUGGGUUGCAAAAUCUGGCUUCAACUACCAUCCCGUUAGUAUCUUUUCUCUCGUUAGGACAGGAGAGCAAGCAUAUUUUCCCAUUCCCAUUGCUGAAAGGAUUAUAUUGUUUCAGGGUUUCUGGGGCAUCGAAUUGGACAAAACUGGAGCAGAAAUUGGUUGCUAGUGGAACAAAUAGAACCUCAAGGCUUCAAAUAACAACUAACAAGAAGGGAGUUGUAUGGUUUGAUCAAGUAUCACUCAUGCCUUCAGACACAUACAAGGGACAUGGUUUUCGCACAGAACUUAUAUCUAUGAUGUUGGAUCUGAAACCACGAUUCUUGAGAUUCCCUGGAGGUUGCUUCGUGGAGGGGGAAUGGUUAAGGAAUGCAUUCAUUUGGAGAGAAUCUAUUGGUCCAUGGGAAGAGAGGCCUGGACACUUUGGGGAUGUUUGGCAUUACUGGACUGAUGAUGGCCUUGGAUAUUAUGAGUUUCUCCAGCUUUCUGAGGACCUGGGUGCUGCCCCAAUCUGGGUGUUCAACAAUGGAAUCAGCCAUAAUGACGAAGUUGAUACUGCUGCAAUUGCUCCUUUUGUAAAAGACGUAUUGGACAGUCUAGAGUUUGCAAGGGGGAGUGCAGAAUCAACAUGGGGUUCUGUUAGAGCUGCAAUGGGGCACCCUGAACCAUUCCCUGUCAAAUAUGUUGCAAUUGGAAAUGAAGAUUGUGGGAAAAAAUUUUACCGCGGUAAUUACCUCAAGUUUUAUAAUGCUAUAAGGGAGGCCUAUCCAGACAUUCAAAUGAUUUCAAAUUGUGAUGCUUCAUCAAGUCCACUUGACCAUCCUGCUGAUUUAUAUGAUUUCCAUGUCUAUACUGAUUCUAAGACUUUGUUUUCGAUGAAGAAUACAUUUGACAGCUCAUCUCGUAAUGGGCCCAAGGCUUUUGUUAGUGAAUAUGCCGUAUGGAGAAGUGAUGCAGGUAGAGGAAGUCUUCUUGCUUCAUUGGCAGAGGCUGCUUUCCUUACUGGACUGGAGAAGAAUAGUGAUAUUGUUCAGAUGGCAAGUUAUGCACCACUCUUCGUGAACAAUAAUGAUCAAACGUGGAACCCAGACGCUAUUGUAUUUAACUCUUGGCAACAAUAUGGAACUCCUAGUUACUGGAUGCAGACGCUUUUCCGUGAAUCUAGUGGUGCUAUGAUUCAUCCAAUUACAAUCACUUCCAGCUACUCCGGUUCUCUGGCAGCAUCCGCAAUUACUUGGCAAGACUCUGAAAAUAGCUUCCUAAGAGUAAAGAUUAUAAACUUUGGGUCAGAUCAAGUAAGCCUCACGAUCUCUGUAACUGGGCUUCAGGCCCGUGUCAACACAGUGGGAUCAACUGCCACUGUUCUCACUUCCAGCAAUGUGAUGGAUGAAAAUUCUUUCAGUAACCCAAAUAAGGUUGUGCCGGUCAAAAGCCAGCUGGCCAAUGCUGCAGAGCAGAUGAAAGUCACACUUGCUCCUCACUCUUUCUCCUCAUUCGAUCUUGCGCUGGCCCAGUCCAAACUCGUGGCAGAGAUGUGAAACGGCACCAUGAGAAUAGCGGCAGAAAUACAUAAGAUGUGAUAUGGGAAUACGAGCCAGCUGUCUAUAUAUAUGCUUGUAUCUUGAAGCACUACUGUAUAGUGUAACUCAUAGGAAAUGAUGAAUAAAAUUCACAUCAGGCUUA